AUGUCGGUCCGAGAGGACCCUGGCAAAGGCAGCCUUAGAGGCGUGCCGCCGCCAACCCGGCCUGAGGACUUUUCUACCUAUGCCGAGGAUGUGCGCGCGCUAACAAAGAUCGUACGCCCGGGGUACACGACCGAGGCGAUUGAGGACCUCGCCGCCGAGAAGAUCCAGCGGUACUUGGCUCGCACCUCGUGGUGGCAGCCCGAUGUAAGCUGUGCACGUCUACCCUUUAACGCCCUUGUCGAGCGUGCGCAUAAAUGCGAGAGACUGUCUAGUGAGCGCGAGCAAAGCUUCGGGGGGCUGGGACGAGAGCGUGCCAUCGCGAGCCUACUCCCAGAGGAGGAAGAGGAGGAGGAGGAGCUCGCCAGGACGGUAAGGGGGUGGGCAAGGGAGCCCCCGGGACCCCGCGAGACAACCCCGGGCUGGGUAGUGGGGAUACAGACGGGCAUCGGGAGGAUAGACAACAAGGUGGCCCAAGUUGGCGGGGAGGUGGCCCAAGUUGGCGGGGAGGUGAACCGAGUUAGCGGGGAGGUGACCCAAGUGCGCGGCCAUAUCACCAAACUGCAGUCUACCGUGGAGACGAUCCAGUCCGAGAUGGGUGAACUACGCUCCACGUCUUCUUUCUUCACUGGUGCUUCAUCUUGCUUGAGCCGAACUGAACUCCAGCACCCCGGGUCCCACCUUUUAUACAGUUCCUCACUCAGGGGUGGGGCUCGCGAGGGAUCCCAGCAUCCCCCACAGCCCCCCAGGGUGGUCCGUAGUGGACGUGGUUGUAACCACUGCCCUACAACCGCGUGUCCCCCCUCCCGUCACACCUCUACACCGGUUGUACUAGUGACGAAAAAGGAUGGAUCGACCCGGUUUUGCGUCGAUUAUCGAAAGUUAAAUGCAGCUACCCUCAGCGACGCCUUCCUCCCCCGCAUCAAUGACACCUUUGACAGCCUCGCAGGGGCGCGGUAUUUUUCCACCCUCAAUCUAGCGUCCGGGUACUGGCAGGUGGAGAUGGUGGAGGAGGAUCGGUCAAAGACCGCGUUUACCACCCCGAUGGGACUGUUCGAGUUCCGAAUACUCCCGUUCGGACUCACUAACGUGCCUGCGACAUUCCAGCGGUUGAUGGAGUUGGUGAUGGGGGGCUUGCAGUGGGAACAGUGCCUAAUUUACCUGGAUGAUGUGAUAGUGUUCAGAAGAUCUCUGUCUGAGCACUGGUCCAGGUUACGGGAGGUGUUCCAGCAACUGCGAGUAGCCCAUCUCAAGCUCACUGUGUGUUACCUUGCGCAGCGCGAGGUUGGGUACCUCGGACACCGCGUCAGCGAGGCGGGGGUGCGCACCGACCAGGAGAAGGUACGCGCCGUAGUGGAAUGGCCAAGACUGAGGAACCUGACGGAGAUCAGGUCGUUUUUGGGGCUAGCCACUUAUUGUCGUCGAUUUGUCAAGGGAUUCAGCGAGAUUGCACGCCCCCUCACCCAACUCACUUCCCCCAAGAAUCCCUAUCAGUGGACGGAGGACCACCUCACCCACACCCCCACCCUGGCUUUCCCUGACCCUUUCCACCAAUUUUAUUUUGGACACCGAUGCCUUCAGCAGUGGGCUGGGCACGGUGUUGUCACAGGUGUAGGAAGGGAGCGUAUUGGCUCUCGCUCAUGGUUCGAGAUCUACCAAACCCACUGUUCCACAAAAACUGGCCGCUCUUACCCUGCAGGUUGAACCUAGGAAUUGAGUGUUCAACUUCACAUUCUUGUCAUUAAAGGCCUGUGACAAAGGUGCAUCUAUUGG